GUCAAGAGUCGUAUGUUCACUCAACUCUGUUAAGCAAUAUUGAGAUAGUCACACAUCCACCAUGAUAAGUGUCUUUAUCGUGUCGGCAGCUCUCUACUCUCUCUAUUUCUUUGGGGGUGCAAUUUGGAAUAUAUACUACCAUCCGCUACACAAAAUCCCUGGACCCAAAUUAUGGAUCGCCUUUCCUAUUCUUCGCCACAUCUCCCUUAUUAGAGGACAACUCGAAGCUGAUAUCAAGGCCUUCCACGGCAAAUACGGCAAGGUCGUGCGUUUCUCAACAGCUGAGGUCUCCUUCAUCACGGCCAAGGCCUGGCGUGAAAUCUACAAUGAUCUACCCAAGGCGGAACUGUCGACCAAUGUUCCAUUGGGAAUCAACAAUGCCAAUGAUAAGAAUCAUCGUCGCUACCGCAAAGCACUGGCGCAUUCCUUCUCUACCAAGGCUCUGACAACUCAGGAGCCCGUUCUGAUCGAAUAUACGGACAAGUUAAUAAAAAGGAUGAAAGGUCUCGCCGAGUCACAAAGACCCGCAGACAUGGUCAAGUGGUACAAUUCGACGACUUUUGACCUAAUCGGCGACCUCGCGUUCGGAGUGUCGUUUGGAAACUUGGACACAGACGGGUACCACUUCUGGGUGUCCAACGUCUUCCAGGCGGUUCGAGGUAUAGUCAUGGGUACGAUAAAGGACGCCUAUCCAGUGCUGUUCAAGUUGUUUAGCUUCGCUUUUGGUCUCAACCGUUUCUCGGAUGCGCGAGCAAGGCAAUUAGAAUACAGCAGCUUCACCAUGCAAAACCGCCUGGCACGCGAGAAACCUCGCGACUUGGUCGAUUUUAUGGAUGGUUUUUUGCAGUCAAAGGAUAAUAUAACAGUAGAGGAAAUGGAAGCCAACGCCAAUCUAUUGAUCAUUGCCGGAAGCGAUACAACAGCAACUUUGCUCUCUGGUACGACCUACUACCUGCUCAGGACGCCGCGUGCGCUGGAAAAAGCCACUCAAGAGGUCCGCUCUGCUUUUAAGUCGGAAUGCGAAAUCAAUUUUCUGAAUACCACUGCCCGGCUGCCGUACAUGAUCGCCUGUCUCAGUGAGGGUAUGCGAAUGUAUCCUCCUGUUCCGUCCGUUCUGCAGCGUGUAGCCAUUUCUCCCGAGCCUACCGAGAUAUCAGGAUACUAUAUAUCCCAGGGGACAAAGGUAGGAGUACACCAAUUUGCCGCUAAUACAUCUCCCAUAAACUUCUACAACCCAGACAACUUUAUCCCCGAGCGCUGGCUUCCAGAGAUUAAGAAAGACCCAUCCUCCCCAUUCUACAAUGACAAUCGCGACGUGUGCCAGGUAUUUUCGUACGGUCCGAGAGAUUGCAUAGGGAAGAACCUAGCCUAUGCCGAAAUGCGCGUGAUUUUGGCACGCAUGCUCUGGAAUUUCGAUUUGGAAAUCUGCGAAGAGAGCAAUAAUUGGAAUAGACAACGUACUUUUACGCUGUGGGAAAAGUCGCCGUUGAUGGUUCGGUUGAAGCUUAGGGAGGGGAUUGAAAAGCUUUGAGUUGGUUGAAUUAGUAAAAGUAGGGCUGUGGAGUCAUUGUUUAGUUUGAUUCUUUGUGUUUUAUUUCCUGAGAAUCUACUAUCUUUGUAUCUUGGUGUUUUUCUUCUUUUGUCUCCUUUCCACCCAUUCAUACAUGCUCCUUCUAUAUAAAGCAUGGCUCCUGUUUACAGUUAAUAAUAAUGUGUCAGGC